UCGACACCUGCUUCCAGUGCCAACCGUAAUGCACAGCGUAGCUGAGCUCAAGAAGCUGACGGUGCCUCAGCUGAAGGCUCUAUGCAAGGAAAAGCAUAUUAACGGCUACUCCAAGCUCUCAAAAGAUGCCAUCAUCCAGAAACUGACACAGAGCGACCAAUCUGAAGUCGCGGCUACCUCUUCACUCUCCUCUCUUACAGAAAUCUCUUCGGUCCUAAAACAGUCUGAUUCUCAAUCCCCUCUGCUUGCUAAUUCCACGGAACUGAACGCGUUCGAAUCAAAUCACUCCCUUGGGCUUCUCACCCUCGUCAUUCAUCCUUCCAUUCAAGACGCGGCAUCGAGCCGAGAAGCCUCAAGUUAUUCAUCGAUCUGUAAAUUCUCGGAAACGCAAAAACUGGUUUCAUCCCUUAGAACCCAGGAUCCCCAGCCAGCAGGCAAGAAGAGAAAACAGCUCGUGACAGCGGAAGCAUCUGACAAGAAACUCAAGACAUCUUAUCCCAGUCUAUCAGGAAAAGAGGGAACCACAACUACCCCAGUCAUAUCAGGAGGGUCGAGAAUUCCUAGGCAUGUACCGUCCGACACAUUUCCCCCGCAACAGCCGAUGACGAGCAGUGUGCCAUCGAGAUCGCAUAAUCUCCCACCUGUUUCCAUCAUCCCAGUUCAAACAACGUCGUUAGCAUAUGCGACUAAUGCUGGUCCAUCGCUUCCGACAAAGCGAUUUCUACCCCUUGUCGUGAACGUCAAGAAAAUCGCAAAUAUUGUACAAACGCAUCUCAGUAUUCCCACUGCGGCUCCUGUAAAGCCCGAGACGACGUUUUACUUGAAUUUCCCUGUGUCUGGCAGACCUCCUCAACUCAUUCCGAUAUCGCUACCCCCUUCUCUUUCCCAACGAAAGCGUGUUUCGCAAUAUGCAAUCCUAAUUAGUUUCGUCCCCCGCGAAGAUCUGCAGAACUGUACCUUGGUAUCGCGAAUGUUUCGAUAUGCAGUUUAUCUCUCGGCCUAUCAUCGGUUGUGUCGAGACUUUCCCGGACAAAGACUCUCGCAUGUGGUCUCGUCUUGUUCUCCGUUGAUGUCAAACAUGUGGCCUUAUCUGAGCUACCGAGAGCAAGAAAUGACAACUAGAAAGCAAUAUUUUCGCAACUCUUUUCUCGGUCGACUGUACAUCGAUGCUGUUUCCGAACAUCUGUGGACGUCGCCAGAUCACGAACGUCAGAUCGUCGUCGCUCUCAGGUUCAGCCUGACUCGGUUGUUCUUUGAUAUUUCGAUCGGUGGCGGAAGAGGAUGGAAAGAGGGCCAGAUUGUGAAUGCCCAACCUGUUGUCGAAAACGAGAUCUGGGCCAUAACCAUCCGUCAUACCGAUGGAGCGACCGAGUCGUUCCACGUUCUCGAAGCAACUUGCGAGCCUUUGGCGACGACGGGGAUCUCCACAAUCCCUGUGCGCGCAGAUUGGUCAGCGUACAUUUCACGUCGUGCAGUCGAGUCCGGCAGCUUACUCGACCAUGUGUCAUGGACUAAUCACGAGGAGUACAAUCUCGGUAUCAGCCGGCUUUGGCUGAAGCGUGUCGAAGGAGACGGCGAAGUGGGCGCGGCCAAACGUGAUAUCGCAGAGCGCUACAUUCUAGCAUGCGUGGUAGCAAACAGUGUGAGCGGACGCUGGAUGUCGUCGAUGCAGAUGGCCCAAGAAUCGGCUGGUUUGAUUGAGACAGUGGCCUCUCGACCCCAGAGUAAUCCCAAAGUCAAUCUCUUCCUUCCAGUACACCAUCAUGUUGAGAGUGUGCACUUGACUGUUGGGCGGCGCGCUCUACAUCCUGCGCUGGCUGUGAUACAGACACCCUCCAGAGAAUAUUAUAUUCUCCGGGACAAUGGCAUGCAAGUGGGCUGCGAGGAAGAGGGCGUGCCAGAGGUAUGGCGGAAAGUACUCGGUUGUGAUUUCAAAGGCUGUCCCGCUGAAGCACGUGUGACGAUUUGAUCGCACAGAGGCCAAACGGCCCAACGCUCUACCAAGUACUUAUCUACACUUGAAUUACUACUGGCGCUCGAUCUGGCUCUGCCAGAAAUCCAACUCCUUCAGCCUGUACCGCGGGCACAUCAUAUGAAACGCGAAAUAGCCCUGAAGAAACUGCUCGACCUGGCUCUCCACUCCCUCGGCUACGGAAAAUCCGCGAAGACGGCUCAUGCAACCCAGCACCGACUUCUCAUACACCUCCAGCGCACCAGACAACGAAAGCCCGUGAAGCCUCGCGUGCAUAUGGAUGGCGUUAUCGCGCUCGGUGCCAACGAGCGACUCCUUGUAGAAGGACAGGAUGUCAUUCGCUUCGUUCAUGAAGGUGACCAAGUCGGGAAUCAUGGGCAGGUGCGCAACGCUGUGUGCAGUUGGACUUGCGGCACUGCGGUCGAGGGGGAAGAUGAAACAUGCAAAUGCCUCGGCGACUCCACUCUUGAGGCGAAAGUAGGUCGUGUAACCGGGAGAAUUCACUGUAGGACGCAGGUCCGCCUGCCUUUUGAACUCGAUCAGGUUCGCGCUGAGGAACUCGAGUGUGACCUUCAAGAUCAUGUCGACAUCGAACGUGCCAAAGUACGAGUCUAGCUCGCGGAUGAUCUCCAGAAGCGCCUGCAAGAUUGGCGUAUCUUGGGGCUGGCCGUUCAACAAUCGCGUGCGGUAGUUUGCUAGGGCAUCGGGGAACAAUAUUCCUAAAUCAUCGAUCAUGGUGGUCAUUCCCGUAAAUUUGGCGAUCAGGAGCUGAAGCUUCCUGCUGUGGUCCGGGUAGAACCAUU